UGCAACUUAAUCUAUAAAGCAGUUGCAUGCUGCAAUUGCAAAAACAGAAAUUUUGCAAGAGCCCAUAAUUACCUUUCAGAAUAAUAUUUUUGCACCUCAAAAAAAGGCUGAGGUGGAAAAGAAUAAAUGGUGUAAGGUUCCAUUUCAUUCCAAUAAUUCUUGGAUCCCGAUAAAACUGGAAACAGCUGUCACAUGUGCACUCGCUCUUCACCGGGGUGUAACAGACAAAUUAAAGGCGUGAUGCACAUGCUGUGAUGGAAAGCAUUUUGCCAUGAAAGUGUGAGUUGUUUUGCCCAGCGCCAGUGACUUCAUCUGAAAACCUCUUGAUGGAGUCAAAGGGAUAAGUUAAACAAUGUGCGGGCAUGCUGGUGAACGAGGAAAGUGGACGUCCCUGUUGAUGGUAAAUUAACCAUGGCGAUAAUUGUUCAAUCACACAGACCAAAGGGUUCUUUGAAGAUGGGAUGUGGGUAGGCCAUUUUACAACUCGGAGUGCUGCUGGUGUUUUGUUACACGGACGGACGUGGAGAUGAAGCCGCGGCGUGGUUAAGGAUCCUCAGUGACGGUGAGACAUGCCCACACUGGUGGGUCAGUGGAAUCUGUCAUUCAGAUAUAGGAGACAAUCAGUGAGAUACAUGGGCUGGACGGUUGAAAGCAGCUCGUCUUGGAUUGCAGUGAUGCAGUGUUUACUUGUAAAGUGUAAAACAGAGGCUUGUGAUUUAAAAAAUGGUGAAAAACUGCUAUCUUAAGGUGGUUUGUUGACUAACAUUGAUAAAAUGAGGCUAUUUUUUGUGGGAAAUGACAGGCUGUGUUGUGACGGCUCAUUGUAAAUUCCUUUAAAUGUCUUCAGAACCUUCUAAAUCCUCUGCCAUGAAUAUUUAUUCCCACAUCCAUUCCACAUCUACACAUGUAAUUAACUUGUUUGUAUGUAAACUGCAUCACGUCUCGCCAAUCAGACACCGUACCUGCUCUCGUCUCAAUGCUGAUGCCGUUUGAUGUGUUAAUUGCACCUGUAUGGUGUCCUAUAACUAGCCAAAAGCUCUGUUUAUGGUUAUCAAUCAACUCGCUACACAAGUCUUAGCAGCUUGGGAUUUUGGUCGGGCGCCAGCAUCCUAUUGGCUGGACAGCAGUGAGGCGGAACAGAGAUGAGUGACAGCUAACGAGGAAGAGGUGGUGGGGGAGAGCCUGUUGCUGAAUAGUCUGAUGGACCACUGACAAGUUAACAACCGCUGCCUUUAUUCAUCAUGCCAGGCUCAGUGUCCUCGAAUGCAGCUGCUAGGACUUAAAUGCUUGUUCGAACAUUUUGCUAUUUUCAUACCGCAUAUUUCUUGUGCUAGAGGAAAGCUAUGUGCAUUUAUAUGAGUACUAUUUUGAGGUGGGCAUCUCAGAUUAAGAGUUUACAUAUAAAAAGCGAAUGUUUAGUUAAAAAAAAAAAAAGUACAACAGUGGCGAGAAGGGAGUAAUAUGUUUACAAAAUGACAAUAAAUAGCAAAAACUCCCAAAUUUGUUUUAUUUUCUACCCACAUCAGCCUCUCCUGUUGGAAACUACUGAACCAAUUUACUAGUUUAUAAAGUAGUAACUAGUACUAGUUCCGCCUCGAACAGCUGAUAUUCACACAUUUUGUUAUAAUUUUGUACCUUAGCAGCACUUUCCCUUUUUAUGCUUUACGAGCACUUUGCUGAUAAUAAUAGUGUUUUUGAUGUACCAUUUUGCAUGCAGGAAAGUAACUACAUUUGUUAUUUUGAGUACUGUUUUUAGGUGGGUGUUUCAGAUUAACAGUUUUUAUAAAAAGCGAAUGCUAAACUUACUAAAAGGCCCUGAAUGUGAAUCUUUUUGGCUCCUGAAUCAGGACUUCUGUACAGAAACGGUGGCUAAAUGAGGCUAAUAUUUCAAAAUAUAAUGACAAUGAAGAGCGAAAACUUAAAAAAGAAAUGUAUUUACAUUCACAAUCCUUUUGCACCUCCUGUGUGAGGAACAACACGACUAAUCUACACAUUUAUAAACUAUUAUUUAAAAUACUUCUGCCUUAACCAGUUUAAUUAGUAAAGGUCUUCAUUGUUCUAUCUGUAUGUGCAUAAGGUGUACUUUCUCUUUUGAUACUUUGGUAUUUUUGACUAGUUUUAUGUACCAUAUUUGAAAAUGAUACAUUUCAAAUUAAAAGAUUACAUAAAGAAACCACUGUUAAACUUAAUAAAAUGCUAUAAAUGUGAAACUCUUUGGCUAAUAAGUCACAAUCACUUAUCAAAAACAGUGGCUAGAUAGGGCUAAUAUUUUUUAAAAUGAAAAAGAAGAGUAAAAAGUCCAAAAUAUGUUGUUUUUUUCCUACCCAGUUCAGUUAACCACGUCAACCCUCCAUGUUGGGAACCACUGGACAAAUUUAAGUUCAUGAAACGGCCAUGAAAACUAGCUCAACCUCAACAAAACUUUGAAACAGUAAAGUUCUCUGAACACAUUAUUCUAUCAGUAUGUGCAUUUUUGAUGCUUUUAAGAGCCUUUUUGCUGAUAAUACUUAAGUAUUUUCUAUUACUUUUCUAUAAUAUUUUGAGUACAGGAAAGUAAGUACGUGCAUUUAUUUAACUCUGUGACUAGGGAGGUAUGAACUCUUACGAAAAAGCAGAAACUAGUUGGAGCUACUAUUUCAAAAACCAAAAAAAGAGAGAAAACGACAGAAGUCCUAAAUUUGUGUCUUUUUUUUUUUUUUUUUAAUUCCCCAAUUAAUGCCAAAAUCCCAUGUUGGGAACCGCUGGACUAAUGCACAAUUUUUAAAGUAGUAGCUAAAACUAACUCCACCUCCAACAGAUGAAAACAAUUCUGCUAACACCUAUUAGAAUUUGGACUUUUGAUACUUUUAAGAGCUCUUUUGCUCAUAAUAGCUGUGAUUUCCCCCCACUUUUAUCAAACAGUUUGAAUUACUUCUAAAGAUGUGUUUCAACGAUCUAAACACUUCCUCCAGCUUGGCCCCUGCAAGUGUUUGUGAAGUUGCAUGUUGCUUACCACUGGGUUUUCCUGCCCAUGUGAAAGUGGACAGUGAAUGAGCAGCAAGCAGGAAUGCGGCCAGCGGAGGCUUCUUGGUGUCUCUCUCAGCUCCAGGAGGGGCCCCGAUGUGCCGCUACCUGCCCAUGCACAUCUGUCUGCUCUCCGUCUUCCUCUCAAUGGCACCCUCGUCUUAGAUCAUCUCCUCUUACUCCACGCUUGAGUUGCACUUGGCUUGCAUGGAGAGAGGAAAAAAAAAAAACGCGGACCAUCUCUCGCCUCUCUUCUCCCUGGCACUUUGAUGUCUCAAGUGUGAUUGCUCUUGGAUUGUGGCCGCUUUCCCUUGAAGGUUUUGACAUGAAAAGCAGGCUGGGCUCUCAGGUUUAUCCCAUGGCCAGUGAUCCAGGACUAAAACAAUCAACCUGCUCACUGUGGGAUACUAUUACCAGGGAGAGUGGGACACCAAGCAUAGGGGCUUCCUCAGCCAUGAAAUACACUUUUUCUCCAAGUUACAAACACAUUUUAGGUGUGUUGAUUGAAUUAUACCAAUCCACGCUUCCAUUAAUAGAUUUUAGGCCUAAGUUUGGGCAGGCAGUUGACACUAAAAUACAUAUUCAAGCAGCCCGAGAAUACAUUUCCGACGUGUUUGCACAGAGGUGGACAACUGAAAUGAUUCAACAUUUGUAAUGAAUUAAAAAGAAAUGAAGCCAGUAAUUGCAGUUAAGAUUGACCCAAUCCGAUAAGUAUGAAAAUGUGACAUGUCAUUAAGAGCGGAGGCAUAAGUGACAACCCUUAAGCUUCACUUACACUUUCAUUAAAUAUUGAAUCUGUGCUCAUUGCUGUUCCAGCCUGCAAAUUACACCAGAUAGAUAUAUUCCCAUGACAGUGGAGCUGACGAUUAUCAUCCAUCUUCCUAUGACAUUUGGCAGAACUCUUGUUUUAUGAGCUAAAGUGCCAUUGUAGUGGAUGAGCAAGAAUAAUAAUGUGCAGCGUUCAUGAUCUCCAUUAUAUCAGAUGGUAUCUUCUCACACUGAGGGGCACAGUGUGAUGGUUAAUCCACUUCAGCCUUGUCUGUCAAGGAAAAAAAAGGUCUGGGUAAAUAGCUGACAUCAUUUAAUUUGGAUUUCAACUCGAUUGGAAGUGUUUUUCCGCAACGAAAUCCAGAUUUAAAAAGUAUUUUAUGUCAACAUAAGAGUCUUGGUAACAGUUUUAUGUAGAUAUUUACAACUGAUUGUGAUUCACCUCGUUAUUGAGCGUUUUUUCCCCCUUUGAUGCAGCUGUUAUCAAUAUUUGUAUAAUAUCAUUUUGUUAGAUGAAAAUGUGAAUAAGGUUUCUCUUAACCGAAAAUAGCAUCUCCCUUUAGCUUUCCGGAGACAUGUAGGGAGUUCCAACUUAUUUGUUUUGGUUCCGACUCACAGUUGGAAUAGCAUCAUUUUCGGCCUUAGCCAGCAGCUGUUUUCAGUGGUAAAUCUUUAUAAACUCACUGUACACCACCAGCGCAGCACCAAACACAUGAUAGAGACAGUUAACAUCGUGCUGCUUUGGCUGGCGUGGAGAAUUUAGCAAGAUAUUCUUCGUAAGAGGUGGUGGAGACCCAAAAUGGAGCUAAAACAGAGUGAAUGUUUGACUUAGAUUCGCCAGUUCCAAAUGAUUGAUAAUAUUUUUGCUUCAAGAUCCUCUUCAGACCUUUAAGCUGAGUCUUUUCUCAAGGGUUUAAGUUUUAUAUCGUAUAGGACUGACUUCUAAUCUGUCUGCACUCAAACCCUAAUUUAAGGUUAGCCACAGGAGCUGUCCCAUGUCAAACAGCCUUCUCACGGUAAACUCUGCAUUUCCUUUAUCUUACACAGUGAAUGUCAAACAUCCAUGCGACUUCAAGAUCCCAAAAUGCACAUUUGGGGGGGAUUUUCUGUGUCCUUGUUUAAAAAUGUGCAAUGAAUGAAUACAAGCUUGGACAAGUCCACUUGAAACUAAAGACGUGCGAAGGGCAUCCCACCGGUGACUCGCUAAACCCACAGAUAAUGCACAUUCUGUCCCUGUUGUUAAACGUCUGCUAAUGAUGCGAUGAUUGCCAUUUUAGAUCUCCAGUGCUGCCGUGUCAUUCAGGGAAGCCAAAAUACCAAUACAACCUGGCAUUAGCCAUUACUAUUGUUGUCCUAAUGCCUCCUUCAAUUAUCCAUGAGCAGGCCUUUAGAGCAGCUACUGUCAGAACCUCCCCCACUGGUUUUUCACCAAUUUUGUCCCCGAUUAUCUGGAUCAAUGGGCAUUAAAGGACCCAGGCACAGACAAACACAGUAGUUUGAGGGUGGGGAAAGGGGGUCUACUUUCAGACAGACCAGAAAUCCCCGGAACUGUCUGUGUGCCAGGGACAAACGAAAAUGGCUAUUCGGUCGUCAGUCCCACCACACACGGUGUUUAUUUAGCCACAGCUCAAAGCAGACGUUUCUAAUCUAUUUUCUUUUUCCCUGAAAAGCCAAGGAAUGAUUUCUUUCAAUCUCUGUCUGUCCACACAAAUGGGAAGUACCACUAAAAUCUGUUUUUUUAAUCAACUAAUUCAGUGUAAAGUUGCAAAAUGUUUAUUGCUUGAUAUUAUUUGUGUAGCUAGAGCAGCUUUUUCAGAUUAAUAGAUGCGAAUGCUAGAAUGUUUUAUUAGAUUGGGUUUCAUUCCUGUUGAAGUUGAAGCCAGGAGAUCAUAUUAUGGGGAAAACAGUGCAAGUUUGAUAAAAAACAAAGUCGACUUCACCUAAAUAUCAGCUUUCAGUUUCAACUCAGGCUUUAAAGAGAUCCAAAUUGCUCAACUGCUAAUCCUGACCUCUUUACUGCGUCCACUGAGGCUUUAAUUUAGUGUUUGAACAGGUGCAGAUGAAAGGGCCACACAGGUGACGGAGCUGCAGUCCUCGCUGUAGGAAUGACCAUCCUGUGACUCACCUCAGCUGGUUCCUGCAGAGAUCCCGGCCUGAUCAAAGCCACCUCAGGGUGCCGGUUCAGUUGUGACAACACUGACAGCAGCGUGUUUUUCACCAUCUGAGCUUGAUGAGCAGUUAGCGAGGUUUCCUGAUGAGGAUCUUGUACAGACACAUGUUGCAGCAGUCCAAUGAAAAAAGACUAUUAGACUGAUAAACGCAGCAGCAGCUCCAUGGCACUGUUAAACAGACUGGGCUCUCAGCCUCAAAUCCUGAUCCCGGGGCCCUUCAUCAGCUACGAAUCCCUGAGGAAUUAUCUGCAGCCGGAGCCAUGCAAGGAAGCUCUGCUGCUGGCCACACAGGCGGUUGGGAUGGGGCCGCUCACAGAGAGCAUAGAUGAACAGAGGCCAGUGAAGCAGCGUCGUGCACGGGCCAACUACAGCAGCUGGCAGCUGGAGGAGCUGGAGAAAGCUUUCGAGACCACCCACUACCCAGACAUCUUCAUGAGGGAAGCCCUGGCCCUCAGACUGGAUCUCAUUGAGGCCAGAGUACAGGUUUGGUUUCAAAACCGUCGUGCCAAGAUGAGACGGCAGCUGAAGCUCCAAGGCCAACUCGCAGGGCCUUAUGUCAAAAGAGACGAUGAUGAAAUGCCUGAGAAAGCCGGCAAAAGUUUCAAACAGACCGAAACUUCUGACGGUGAGCACUGGGAGAGACAACAGGAAGGACAAAAUUAUCCAUGGACAAAAGCUUCGAGUGGAGUGUUGAGCGUGCAUAUGCAGCCCCUGACCUCGAGGUCGGGGAAGUGGGAGAGGCCGAGCUCGGAGGAGCUCCGCUGCUGCAGCAUCGCCAAGCUGAGGGCCAAAGCCAGGGAACACGAGGCCGAGAUCCACAGCUCCGUAAGCAUGUCAGGAGGUGACACACAGCCACAAACACAGGAAACCGAUGCCACGCACAAUGACUGAUCAUUUCCCUUCUUCCUGUUUGUACAGAUAAUAUUAAUAAAACCCUAAAAAUACACAGGAGCAUCAUUUUGACAUGGAAGAGGAUGGGGAGCUUCAUUAUUUAGCCACAUUAGCUGAAUAUUUCUAUGUCAGUAUUUUUAAAAUCCUUUUUAUAUUACAUUCCAGUUAACUUCUUUUAUGACAUUUCCUGCUGGGAACUUUUCCCAUACAAACAUAAGAACACUGUACUUCAUGUAACAACUGGCGGAUUACUAUAUUUUGGUUUUCAGUACAACUUAUAUAUGACGGACGAUAUCUAUCUGAAUGAAUGCUACACGAUCUGUGCUCGGGGCUUUAACAGAUAAUGACAAAUGUUGACGUCUUAUCAUUUCAGUUUAUCUGGGCGCCCUGAAAUAGGAUACAGUCAAACAAUGUCUAAAUGAUUUCAGUAAUGACAAGCUCAUCGCUGACCUCUUGGGUUACCUUCGCAGACAGGCAGGAUGUCGACAUGCAGCCGCACGUCCUCGCAGGAAACAAUGGAAAUAGCUGGAAAAUGAAAUCAUGAACACUGACUGUACAGUAUAUAGAUCACAGGAUGAACUGCAUCAAAGAUUUAAUAUACUGACAGCUAUAAGUGUCCUUAAAUGUGUGUCUUUCACUGCCGCGCACAAUAUUUAUCCAGUAUUGUAUGUUAAUAUUGUCCAAAAUCAUGCGUACAGGUGUAGAUAGGGAUGUAAUUAUGUGCUUUCUUAAUUCUAGGUCAAACUCUGUGAACAGUUUCUUCAUGUCUCCAUAUUUUUUUGCAUAGAAAACAUACUAAUGCUGUUAUUUAAUGCAUUGACAACAACUUAGGAGUGGUGAGACUUGUCUUUUAACAGUGCAGUGUGACACUGCCCCCUUCUGGGCAUGAGGACAUCCUCAGACAGGCAAGACAACACACUUCAGACAACACAACAGGCAGUUAUUGUUUAUAAAAGGCUACAACUGAAAUCAUUUCUUACUCUAAUCAAGUCACACGCUCUUAUUUGUUGUGUGCAAUCAUUUAAACUUUUUAAACCUAUUUAGCCUUGCUGAAAUUUCCCGAGUCCUCUUGUGACAAUUAAUAAACAAUUCAUGUCUUACAGUA